AUGGCCGAAAGUCCCGUCAAGCAUAAGCCGACAUCACGAGUGAUCGAUUCACUCCAUUCGGAAAUUGACGCUUUGAAGACAGAGUUGGCGGAUCUUCGCAUGUCCAACAGUGAAAACAGAAAGAAGGCAUCACUCUUGACCACAAAGAAUGAAUCUUUGGUCGACCAAUUGGCCAACUGCAAGCACGAAAACGAUAUGAUCAAUGCGCUUUUGAAGAGAAAAGAACGUCGUAUUGUGGACUUGGAGGAGCAGUAUAACGAUUUGAGCUCGCUGAACGAUUCUUUGAAGCUCUCGACGAAAAAUUUGAAGAUUAGGUGUGACAAUUUGCAAGAGCUGUCUGCAUCUUCUACUGCUGAGUAUGAGCGGUUGAAAAUCGCCUACGACGCCAUGAUAGCUUCGCAGAACGAGUAUAAACGUCACUAUCUGAGCGAGUUGAAUAAAUUACAACUGCUGUUUGACGGUUAUAAGGCCAAUUCACAGAAGGAGUUAGCUGAGCUCGCCGAGAAACUCACAAGCAACGACAAGGACGUAGAUACAUUGGUGGACAGUCUCACUAACAAACGAAAAGUCAUGGAUAACUUGUAUGUUAACCGUAACAAGGCCGUGUUGGACUUGUUGGCCAUGUUGGCAAAAACUGCAAAAUUGCAUGGCGAGGAGUCUCGUGCGGUAUUGAAGGAAAACGUCGACACCAUCAACCUCAUCAGAACCACCUUCCCAGACUUACAAGAUAAGAUGGAGGAGCGCCAGCCGUUUACCGUCGACCUUGACGAGAUAAUGGGCGAGUCUGCUGCGUCGCUUGACACAUCUCUCGCAGAAUUGGAACAGCCGAUUGAUGAGGCUCCAAAGUCCGUUCAACGUAACGCCUCCACAAGAAGACGUAGACACAAGAGACAAUCUAUGCGCAUAUCCCCAGAACCAUCUGCUAUGUUGGAGGAGUCGGUUGCUGAUAUUCUCCCUAAACUCAGACCUACCCGUGCCCCCACUAAUGAACCUGUGUCCCAACAGCAUAAUAUCCCGGGACGCAACUCAACUCAGAGACAGAGUUCAUCUGCUGGCAGCAACCAAAGUGGUAAUAACCGCAGUUCUCAUAAAAAUCGCAACUCGCAGAUCUUCCCUCAAGACUCUACCAGAGGUUUAAGAACCAGCUCCAACUCGCUGACAAGCAGUGCCGGCUCCGGGAAAAACAAACGGAGACUGUUCUAUGGUGGAAGUAACAACUUCAAUAGCGGCAAUAGCGAACGCAAGAGCCUGGGUAGAGCCGAGUUCUGA